AUGACUGAACUUGAAAAUCAGUCAGUCGCUCAUGUUGCCGUCAAGGCGCCACCCUUUUGGAAAAAUAAUCCAGCGCUAUGGUUCGUCCGUUUGGAGGCGCAAUUCGAUUUGGCUAAAAUAACAGCUGAUAUAACCAAAUUUAACCAUGUGCUUUCUGCUGUUGAAUCGGACAUUUUAAAUUAUGUUAGUGAUUUAGUGUUAAAGCCCCCUGAGAAUGAUAAAUAUGAAGCACUUAAAAAACGUUUAGUAGAGUUACACUCUGAAAGCGAAGCAUCUAAAAUAAGAACUUUACUCCAAGGUUUAGAGUUAGGGGACCAACGACCAUCCCAGCUUUUAACGAGAAUGCGUUCACUCGCAGGUGACAACGUAGGCGAUACUCUUUUAAAAUCAUUGUGGCUUGGUCGGCUACCUAAUGGGACACAAACAAUUUUGGCCGCUCUCAGCGAAGAUUUAGAUCAGUUAGCCACUGUGGCAGACAAGAUUAAUGAUCUCUCUAUUCAUCAGGGAGUUAAUUCUGUCGCCGCUACUUCUAAUUCCCACACCUCUCGAUUAGAACAACAAGUUGCUCAAUUGACACAGCAAGUUAAUGAGUUAACUGCUUUUGUCAAAAGAUCGCGUAGCCCAGCUCCAAAUCAUUUUCGAAAACGUAGCAGCUCUAGAACCCGUUUUAAAAAAUUUAAAGAUCCUGCUAAUGGCAAAUGCUUUUAUCACACUAACUUUGGCAAAAAUGCCAAAAAGUGUACUCAGCCAUGUAAUUUUUCAACAAACUAG